AUGUGGAAAAUCUCCUGGCAUCUUCCUCUUAAAGGCAGAGUCAAAAAUUUUAUAUGGAGAUGCUGGAACAACUACCUUGGCUCAAAAGAUAAUCUGGCUCGAAGAAGAAUUUUAUCUGACACAACAUGUGAAGUAUGCGGGGAAGCUACAGAAAUUGUUGCUCAUAUUUUGUUUCAUUGCCCCAGAGCUGUUAUUUGCUGGAAGCUUUCAGGAUUACUCUGGGACUCCCUACAGCAAGAGGAUGUUACAUUUCAAAGUUGGUGGAUGGAACUCUGCAAAAUCAAGGAAGACCACUUCAGAACGGAAAGAAUGAGCAUCUCUGCUCUUUUAAUAUGGAACAUCUGGAAAAGCAUAAAUGAAUGGAUUUGGAACAGAACACAUAGGGAGGCAAAAGAAAUUGUGGAGAAGACUUUGUCUGAUUGGCUCGAAAUAGUUAACAUCAAGGAAGGCAAAGCUCAAACGGUGAGGCUCAAUCUGUCUGCAAAACAUCAUUUCAAAGAUCAAUUUUCCAAGAAGGUAGGGCAGGAGAGUUCAACUGCCAGUGCCUUAGGGUCUUUGGAAGGCUGUCUUGAAGAUCAAUUCAGGGAGGAAGAAAACUCAGGAACUUUGGCAUUUGAUCUCGGUUAA